AUGAAGAAAAUUGUAGAUUAAAUUAUUGAAGGUAUUUCGGGUAAAUACUCAAUUCCAACAGAGAAAGCAUAAUAGAUAUCACAUUUUAAUAAAUUAUUUGAAUGUUUUCAUUAGUUAGGCAGUUAUAUAGAAAAAAAUUCUAGCGUUUAGGCAGAAUUAAAAGAAAACUAUACAUCUUUAGAAAAGCUUUUAACAGAUAGCUUAGCAUUUAAUUUUAUAGAUUAUGCAAACUAAGAUACUUUUGCAAGAGCGAUUGGCAGAGUAAUUAUGGCAACAAUUAAGUAGGAUUCAGGAAAGUCUUCCUCUCUUCUUGAUUUAAUGGUAAAUGGAAUAAAACCAAAAAAUAUAUAAAAAACAAAUCAUUUCUAAGUGCUCAUCUUUGUGAUGGAGUUUAGAAGAAAUAUUACUUUGUCUUAUCCUUAAUUAAAUGAAGUGCUUUAAAAUCUUUUAAAAAUUUUGAAAAAAAAUAACGAAAUUCCUCUUAGAAUUAAUAGUAUGAAAGUGUUUAGAUAUUUAAUAAGAGAGCAAGUUAAUGUAAAUGCAAACAAUAAAGCUGAAACUUAUAAAUUGAUCACAAAAUUCAUGUUUUCUGAUAAAUCUGAUGAAUUAAGAAAAGAAGCUAUGAUUACUCUGAUUGACUUUUUAAAAUUUGCAGAUGCACCCUUCAUGGCUCCGAAUUACGAAGCACUAUUAACUGAUAUAUAUAAAUAAUUGCAAGAGAGCAAAGAUUGGGUUUAUAAAAAGGCUUGUGCAGAAUCUAUAGAACUUCUUUUAGAGCUCUAUAUUAAUAGUGACAUGGAAAACUUGAUAAAAGAAUUAAAAGCUAAAAAAGGGAAAAAAGAGUAGCCUAAGCCUGCACCAGAAAGCACAGAACCUAAAGAUAAGUUUAAAAUAAUUUUAAAUUUACUAACUGAUCAUCUAAAUGAACAUGGAAAAAACUUGAGACUUAUUGUGAUAGAAAUUUUUUAUAAUAUCAUUUACAAAUAAGAAAGCAACAUGAGCAUGACCUUUUUCAGCAAUAUUCUAGAAUUUUUCUUUUCAUAGAUAAGCAAAAUGGCAUUCGCAUAAGAUCAUGAUACUUUUGUUGUGAGAGAUAUAAUGGGCAUGUUUAUAAUUAAACUGUUAGUAUUCUUGAAUAAUAAAUAAAAAUUUGAGCUAUACGAAUACCUGAAGAGAAAAUUACCUGAUUUUGGAAAAGCUUAUAAAGACAUAUACUUAAGGUACCUUUAGAAUCCUAAUAACUUGAAUAGCCAGAAAAAUUAAUAGAGUUUAUAGCAUCAGUCAUUAAUAGCCCUCCGUUGCUUUUUUGCCUUAGUUUAGAUUCUAGGAUCAGAUUUGUUUGAAUAGAUUAAAAAGCCAAACGAAAUGUGUGAACUCUUAUCGCCUUUCUUUUAAUUCAACAACCCUCAAUUUUACCUUUUAGGUUCCCAUGUUAUGAAAGCUCUCUUUUCAGAAAAUCCAAAAUGGCAAACAAAUAUACUCUCUUUGAUAUUAAAUUAGAUGACCUUAGACUUAGCUGAGCUAGAAUCUAUGAAAGAAGUUUGCAAUAUCCAAGACCCAUAAUUUAAACUCUAUGUUUCUUCUAUAUAUGGACAUUCGAUUGCCCUCGGAACUCUACUAAAACACAUGGAUUUCAAUUUGCACUCAAUACCAUAUGAUAUAGCCAUGACUAUGUUUGAAUUUGCAAAAGGUUUAGUAAAGACAGAAUAUAAGUCUGAAGACCCUCAUUCAGAAGAACUCCACUUCAUUAAUUCUAUAAGAUAUUAAGCAGGCUGGACUUUAAUUAAUACCUUACUCUGUUUAGAUGUCAACUGGUUAAAGUAGGAAAUUAAAUCCAUAUACAAUAUGUGGUAAGAUGUUCUUGGAUAAAAAAGAAAAGAAACAAGUAAAUUAAGUAACUUCAUAUCAGAUUUAAAUGCAAAAAGAAAAGCACUUAAGGGUAUUCACUAUUUCCUCAAAAAUUUAAAUCGUUUACACACAGAAAUGGUGCUUAAAUUCUGUGCUAAUUUAGUAAUUAACUUCUAUUAGCAGUAUAUAGCUCCUACUGAAAAAGAUUUAGGUUUCCAAAUACCUAAAAACCAUAAUGAUUUAGUUCUAGCAAAAAUAGAUUUGUAUUCUUGUCUUAAUUUGUUCCCUCCAAAACUCAUUUCAUAGCAUAUAAAUGCAUUAAUUUAAACAUCAGUUGAUGAUAUUUUCACUAUGAAUUAGAAUGAUUUUACUCCUUCACUUAAAGGAUUAAUGGACGGAGAUGAUCUAAAUAUUGGAUUGGAAUUACAAGAAAGCAAUGUUAGAUUCAAACUAUUUAAUAGCUCAAAUAUAAAAAAACUUUAAGACCAUAAUAUCUAGAGAAAUGAGGAUUAUUUGCUUACUUAUGAUCAAGUUUACCUCAAAUAUUAGGAAAAGAAUUAUGCUUUUUCUAUUUAACUCUGCUUCUAGCAAUUUGAGUUUAUUGGCCGUAUUCUUGCUUCGCAUAGCUUCACAAGCAAGAACAAAAUUAAUUUACUUAAAUAUAUGGUCAAUAAUUAAAGUGGUAUCUUUGCAUUGAAAGAUUAAAAUCUUAAGUUCUUGAAGCUUUAGCCAUUUUUGCUAGUUAGUAUUUUCAUAGCAAGGAAAAUAAGAGAAGCACAAUCUAAAAACAACUUAGAGCCUAUUGAAGUUGAAAUAGUAUAGUAUCUAAAGUAAAUGACAGAGAGUGGGUUUUCAAGUGAUGACCAUAUAAUUAGAACUUUAGCAGGUGGCUCAUAUGCUUUAUUAGUAGGUAUUAAAACUAACACACCUUAUGUUGAGACUUUAAUUAAAAAUUUAUAAGAAAAAAUUGUAAAAAAUGAACUCAGUUCUUCAAUAGUUUCAUGUGCUGGAUUUAUAUGCAAAUAUAAUAAGUUCAAAGUUAUUGAAGAACAUAUUUAAAGCAUAGCAGGAAUAUUUUAGAAAGCAAGCAAAAACCCAGAUUAAUCAACCUAACUUUGGCUAAUUUAAUCUCUUACAAAAGUAAUAGAAUCUUAUCAAGAAGAUUCAAUCGAAAUUAUACGUUCUUGCUUUUUAUUUAUAAAUAUGUAGCAUCUUAGAUAGGUUUUACCUUUUGAGUAUUUAUGGAACCAACUUUAUAAAACAAUGUUGGAAAAAAUUUUAAAGCUUAUAAGAAAAAUACCUAAAAUGAUUGAAGACAAAGCUAUUUUUUCAAAUUUCUAAAGCUCUUUUUGGGAGGUUUAACACUAAGUUUUUCCUUACAUUGAUAUACCAUCUGCUGAUACUUAAGUUUUAGCCAAUCACUUGCACUUAAUAUUUAGCUCUAUUUUCAAGUCACCGCAAGAUCAAGAAAAAGCUCUUUAUGGGUUGAGAUAAGAUCUUGAUCAAAUUUACAAAUAUAAUAAUAGCUCAGUUUAAAUUGUUUUAAAAACAAUAGAGAAAAUGAUUAAUGAUAGAAAAAAAACUAUUGAGAAAAUGACUAACGAUAAAAAUAGUUUAGAAUAUUUAAAAACAGAAAAAGAAUACUUGCUAAAUCAUUUGAUAAGAAAAAUGAAUUACUUUAACACUAGGAAAGAUUAUUAUAUAGCUGAAAAUAUUGAGGUUUUAUAUUCUAACUUGAUUGAAGAAAAGGAGAAGUUUUCUUUGUCAGUUUGCUAAAAGAAAUUGGAAAUGUUUUCUUUUAUUUUAUUUGGUGAAUCUUUUGAAAUUAAGAAGGGAGACGAUGAUGAAGCAGUGAAUAAGAAAUAGAAUGAAAAAAAGGAAUACUCAAAGGAAGAUUUGAUUGAUAUUAACUUAAGGACAAAGAUAUUUGUUUUAUCUUGUGUAGAAAAUUUCUUAAGAGAGUGGGAUCCAAAAGAUAUAGCAAAAGACUCUAUAGCUAAUUUCACUCAAUUUAUCUUUACUUUUAUUUUCAAAAUUGUAACUUCUUCUCAUGAAGAGUUCAGGGCACCUGGAAUGCAAAUAUUAAUGAAUUUCUUAGCUAAAAUAAAAAAAAUGACUGGCGAUGGAGAAAUGAUUACUGGUAAAAUUAACUAUGAAGAAUAAAGAAAUCUUUUGUUGAAAGAUUACCCUGCCUAGAUUGAUUCAGUUGUCAGCCAAAACAUCAAGAAUGAAAGUGAAAAUACUCCUGAAGUGAAUAUUUUCACUUUCUAAUUAAUGUCAAAAUUCUUUAAAAUCAUAUUGGAUUCUGAUAUUGGGUUCAUAAAAAGACUUAUUAAUUUAGUCUCUAAACCUCUUUUAAAUAAUAUUAAAAUUACAUUCUAAUCGUUCUACAGUGAAAAAUCCACAACAUCAAUCUAGAUUAGAAGAAUCGAGUGUCUUUGUAAGAUUUACAUUUUCAUCUAGAACAGAGUUAAAAACAGAGAACUCUAAUAAAGUUUGUUUGGAGCCUUUCCUCCAAUAUUAUUAAUGUACCUACUAUAAAAUGUUCAAGCUGCUAUAUUAGAUACUUCAGUAGUGUUAGCAGCAAGUAGAAAAUAAAUAAAGAGCUACAAUAAUUACUACUUGAUUUACAAUGGUGUUAAGACAUCUUAUGAUGUUAAAAUGCAUUAUUACAUGCUUUCUAAUUUUGUAAAAUAUUAUUUAGUUUUAAGCGAAGCAGUUAAGAACAUUCAAAUAGAUAAUUAAGAAUAGCAAGAUCUUAUUAACAAACUCAAAUCAAAUGAAAAAUACCUUAAUCAUGGUCCUAAAAUGAGUCACAUAUGUUACUCAACCCUUCUUUUCUAAUUGUGUUCUAACACAAGCAUUGAUUAAGAAGAGCAAUACAUUAAAAAGAUCCAAACAUAGAUGGUUGAUAUUUCUCUAUUAAAAAAGCUUAAUCAUAAGUUACAAAUACUUGGUAUUAUGAAAUAACUAUUGGAAUCUAGAAUGAGUGAGCUUCUAACAGAAGAAUAACCAGCUCUUUUCAAUAACUUCACUUAAAAAACUUAAAAUGUUUAAAAAAUAAGUUUUGAAGAGUUGUUUGAGGUUCUUAUCAUUUAUUUAGAUUAUGGAUUGCUUGAUUUUGAUCAGAUAUGUAUAGAAAUAGCUACUAUAACAGUUAGAGCAGGAAAUCUACUUUCAGAAUAGGUUUUGAAUCAAAUAGAAUAGAUGUUAGAAAUAAUAUUGGCAAGAUACUUAGAAAAGAAAAUGAGUUCUUAGCAAGAUAGCAUAACCUACUUAAAUAUUAUCAAAUCUUCGUUUAUUUUAAAACUAAGUAUCCUUAAGAGCUUAAACUAAUUAAAUUGCUUUUCUGAAAAAUUCUCAUUUACCGCCUAUAUCCUUUUUACAAAGCUCUGCUAUCAUUUCUCAUAUAAUGACAUCUUACCAUUAAGAAGAGCAUUUACAACAAUAUUAAAAGAUAAAAUCCAUUCUUUUCCUUAAACAGAAGAAAGCGAAAAAGCUAUUGAAUAAAUUAUAAAUUCUUUGAUUGAUUUGCAUAGCUUUGAAAUAGAUAAAAAUGGAGCAAACUAGGAAAACAGACUCUACUUUUGCAUCUUAAAUUAUUUUUCAGUUCAUGAUUCUCUAAUUUCAAACAUUAACAGAUUAAACUCCUCGUCUACAAAUAAACUAAAUUCUAUGUUUUCAGCAUGCUUGUCUCAUUUGUUGAAAAAUUUACAAAGCAUAACUACCUUUUUAUCUUACACAAGAAGCGUUUUCAAUGAAAAUAAGAUAUUGGAUGACUAACUAAUAAGUCCUAUUUUCUUUAUAUGCUUAAAUGUCAUGCAAAAAUUGAAAUCUGUCCUGUAAUAAGGCUAAUAACUCGAUGAAUAGCUUAAGAACUCUGUUAUUGAAGUACUUAAAAUCUUCUUGCUCGUUAAUGUUCAUGGAAACGAAUAAUAAAAGAAAAAUUGUUUUGAAUUCUUCUUAAGAUUCUUUAUGUUAUUUGUCAACUAGAGAUUUUCAUAACCAGAUGCUGUAGAUAUUCUAUAGCUUGUAAACCAAAUUCUUAAGCAUGUAGUUUCUUCAGUUUCUCUCUAAGAUAUUGGUGUAAUUAUCAAAACUCUGCCACCAAAAUUAUAGUAAGUAUUACAAAAUUUGCUAAAAGCAGACUCCAGAGUCAUAUAAGCUUAACAAUAAGCCUAACAGCAACAACAAUAACAAUAGCAAUAAUAAAAUAAACCUACUCUUCAGCUUAAAACUUUUAGCUGA